AAAUGACCAAAAAUAGAGGAUACCAAAUGAACACCCAAUCCUGGAAUUACUCACAAUAACUUAAAUCAUUUUCAUUCAUAAUUUUGUUCGAGUAUACUUCAAAAUGAGUCUACUUUAUUACUCCAUAGUAUGGAAUGGAUGUGUAAAAAUGUCAACAUUGAAAUGGUUUGGAGAAUCCCUUAAAUAAAGUUUAAGAACGCACACUCGAAACCGAAGGCUUGAACCUCUGGAUUUCCUGACUACCGCCACAUUCAAAGCAUAACCGGCUGCCGUUUUCCGUGUUAACGAUUCCGGUUACUCCCACGCACUCUCAUAUCUCCUUCCCGGCCCUCUGUUUCGCCGAUCGCCGGAGGGAGACAUGGCUUUGUGCGUCACCGACACGGCCCAUGCCCUGUCUUGCAGGGACAGCAAAGCCGCAGCUCACCUCAAGCUUAUUUCCGUUUUCGUAAUCUUCUUCACGAGCGUUAUCGGGAUAUCCUUACCGGUCGUACUCGCCCGAUUGUUUCACGGAAGACCUGUUUACGACAAGGCGAUUCUGAUCAUCAAGUGCUUCGCCGCCGGCGUGAUUCUCUCCACAUCGCUCGUGCACGUGCUUCCUGACGCCUAUGACGCGCUCUCCGACUGCCAGGUGGCGUCCAGGCAUCCGUGGAAGGACUUCCCCUUCUCAGGCCUCAUAACUUUAGUCGGCGUUCUGACGGCACUGUUGGUUGACUUGACGGCGACUUCUCACGUAGAGAGUCACGGUCACGGGAAUCGGAACCUUAAAGUGACGAAGGAUUACACUCCUAUAGGAGCGAGCGAAGAAUUGGGAGUAGUGGAGAAGAAAUUGGGGGUGGAGGAGAAAGAGGUGGAACUGGGGAUAGCAGCGGCGGCUGUUGAGGAAGACGAAUCAGUGAGGCUCAAGCAAAAAUUGGUGUCCCAAGUUCUGGAAAUUGGGAUAAUAUUUCACUCUGUGAUCAUCGGGGCGACGAUGGGAAUGUCUCAGAACCAGUGCACCAUACGGCCGCUCGUGGCGGCGUUGGCAUUUCACCAGAUCUUUGAAGGGAUGGGUCUCGGUGGUUGCAUUGCACAGGCGGGAUUUAGUAUUGGAACAACAGCUUACAUGAGCUUCAUGUUCUCAGUAACAACCCCAAUGGGAAUAGUAUUGGGUAUGAUUGUCUUCUCGGUUACUGGGUACGAUGACAGCAGCUCAAAUGCCCUGAUUCUUGAAGGUUUGCUUGGUUCCUUGUCCUCUGGUAUACUUAUAUACAUGGCGCUUGUUGAUCUCAUAGCUCUCGACUUCUUUCAUAACAAGUUGAUGAGUUCUGAACCAUUUUUGAAGAAGGCAUCUUUUGGUGCCCUUGUUCUUGGCUCUACAUCCAUGUCAAUUCUUGCCCUAUGGGCUUGAAUCUCUAGGUGUCUAAAAUAUGUAUUUACAUAUGCCCGAUUAACCCUUUGGGUAUUAGAAUUAGGUAUGUAUCAAUCUUGACUCUUGAGCAUAUGUAAAUUUUCUUUGAAUACUAUGAUAAUCCAUUCAUCCCGCAUAUAUAUGGAAAUUAAUUUUAGUGUUUCGCUCGAAGUGAUUUUGUACAAGCUCUGCAUUUUUUAUUAAGUUAUGUCAUCUCAAAAUCAUAGUCAUUUAUUUAAUGUCUAAUAAUACCAAUAUAC